AUGGCGAUGCCUGAGGCGGCGAAGAAGAUCUUGCUCUGCACGCCCAAGGUGCCCGCGCCUCUCGACCCUGGCUUUGCUCCUCUGAUCCUGGCGAAGAGGAACUACCUGAAGGCCGUGGAGGGGGCCAGUGACAGCCUGGAGUGGGCGCUCCCGCGGGCCGACGGUUGCGGGCGCUACAAACUCCCGGUGUUCGCGGAGGGGCACGAGAGCUUCGAGGCGUCUGUCUACCUGGCCGGCGUGCUCAUUCAAGAGAUGAUCUGGCAGCGCAGCGCCUCUUCGCUGAUCCUCUGCGGCCCGCCGAAGAUCUGUGCUGUCCUGAGCGCGGCCUUCGCAGUAGGCGGUGCUUACGAAUUCGAGGUGCUGUCGAUGCCGAACGUAUGUGGCACCCCGGACGCGCCCUUCGAAGUGAAGACCGUGGGGGAUGCUUCCCAGCUGCCUGAGUCCAAGGACACGCCCCAGGUCUGCGGCAAGGACGCCAGCGGCUGCCGCCUCGCCUUCGACCUCGGCAAGAGCGACAUCAAGACCGUCGCGGUGAAGGACGGGGAGGUCCUCUACUCGAAGGAGACCGAGUGGGACGUGACUAACCCAGACCCCGACUACCACUACAAGGCCAUCGUCGACGCGCUCCUGCUGGCGAAGGCGGCGCUGCCGAGCGUGGACGCCGUCGGGGGCAGCGCGACGGGGACCAUAAGCGGCAAGAACGAGGCGACGUGGUGCGACAUUUUUCCCAACGUGCCCCCCGAUGUCUACAAGGCCAAGGUCGUGGACAUCUUCAUCAGGAUGGCCAAGGAAGUCGCCGGCGACGUUCCCCUGAAGGUGAUCAACGACGGGGAGGUCACGGCGCUGGCGGCCGUGCAGAAGAUCGGCAAGGGGAACAUCUUGGGCAUCUCCAUGGGCAGCAGCGAGGGCGGAGGCUACGCUAACGCGGACGGUAACCUCAUGGGCUGGAUCAACGAGCUGUGCUACAUUCGCCUCGACCUGAACCCCGAGGCGCCGACGGACCCCUGGAGUAAAGGCUCGCACCGCGGCCUCUCGCACAUGUACCUCGGCCAGCGGGGGGCCACCAAGCUCGCGGCGAAGGCUGGCGUGAAGGUCCGGGGCCUCCGGCAAUUUCCCGGCGUGGCCGCCCUCGCUUCCCCCACCCUCUUCCCUUUCCCCUUCCCUUUCCCCUUCCCCUUCCCCCUUCCCCCUUCCCCUUCCCCUCCCCCCUUCCCUUCCCCGUCCCCCUUCCCUUUCCCGCUCCCCUCCCCUCCCCCUUCCCUUUCCCAUCCCCCUUCCCCUUUCCCCUUCCCCCUUCCCUUUCCCGUUCCCCUUUUCCUCCCCCUUCUCUUUCCCCUCCCCCUUCCCUUUCCCCUUCCCUUUUCCCCUCCCCGCACCCCCUUCCCCUCCCCCUUCCCUUGCCCCUUGCCCCUUCCCCGGCCCCUUCCCUUCGGCUCGCCUGUGUGCCUUGCGCCCUCCGUAGCCUCCCUUCGGAGUGCCCGUGCCCUUCCCUCUCUCGAGACAGAGGGAGGGUUGGGGGUGGAGAGGGAGGGCUGUCUCUCAACACUUGGGGGGAAGACACACGCAUUCUCUCUCUCACACACACGCCCAAACACACUCUCUCACACAUGCACUCUCUCUCACACACACAUAGAACACAGAACACACAACACAACACACAACACGAAUCACACACGGCACACAACACACAGGACACACAACACACAACACACACACACAACACACAGCACACAACACACAGACAAAGCUACACAGGCACACAGACACACAGACACACAGACACACAGACACACGCAGACACACACACAGACACACACAGACACAGACACACAGACACAUCACACACAGACCCACAGACAGGCACACAGACACACAGGCACACAAGCACACACAGACACACAGACACACAGACACACAGACACACACAAACACAGACACACAGACACACAGACACGCACAGACACGCACACAGACACACACACAGACACACACACAGACACCCACACGCACAGACAUACACACAUAUUAAAGCACACACACACACACUCAGACAUUCACAGACAGACGCAGACACACAUACAAACACAGACACACACAAACCCACACACAGCCACACGCAUUCACGCACACAGACACGCACAGCCACACAGACACACAGAAACACACAACACACAGGCACACAGAGACACAGGCACACAGAGACACAGAGAUACACAGAGACACCCAGAGACACAUAGACACAUAUAG